UUCUCUUCAUCCCUCGCUCUCUCAUAAACACUCAAUAGCCCUUAUAACACGGAGUUUAUCUUUUCUAAAAGAAUGGCUUCAAAGAACUCAGCCUGUCUCGCUCUUUUCUUCGCUCUCAGCAUCCUCUUUUUCACGUUGACCGCUGCAACUGAUUGUGGCUGCAGCCCGAGUCCCAAACCCAAGCCGGGCCCAAGUCCUAAGCCUAAGCCGCUCCCAAGUCCCAGCCCUCCCAAGCAUGUCCCAAGUCCGUUUGUUCCAAGUCCCUCGGUCCCAAGUCCUAACCCUACGCCUGUCACACCUCCUAGCACCCCUGGUUCAUCUGGAAACUGUCCUAUAGAUGUUCUCAAGCUCGGUAUAUGCGGAAAUGUCCUAAGCGACCUACUCAACAUACAGUUGGGUCAGCCAUCAGCUCAACCAUGCUGCUCGGUUGUUCAAGGUUUGGUUGACCUCGAGGCUGCAGUUUGUCUCUGCACUGCACUUAGGGCUAACGUUCUUGGAAUCAACCUUAACGUUCCUAUUUCUCUCAGCGUUCUUCUCAACAAGUGUAACAAAAAGGUUCCGUCGGGUUUCGAAUGCACUUGAAUUAGCUAUGCAUACGACGUGCACACAGUUACCUCUUCAAAACAUAUUUAUGGUUUGAUAAAAGCAAGCAAGCUAGAGCUUCAUAUUUAAGUCUUAAUUUUGUUUUAAAGUGAUAUAAUAAAUGCGUGAGAGUUUCAUACUUUUCUUUGUUGUAAGCGUUCCCUGUCGUUGGUGCAUGUAUGUUCAUGUAGCCAUCUAGACCUAUUUUCGACCUGUUUAAUGAUAUAGAUUUUGUAGCCAACGUCUUAGUUUGAAAUGCUUGCAUUUUGGUUAUCACUACAAUC